AGGAGGAGGAAGAAGAAGAUGAUGUGUGCUGCCUUGAAUAAAGGAAUAAGCGUUAAGGACGAGUCGAGAAAAUGCGCAGCGCGCUCUUGGAAGCUCUUGCCUCACCUUAUGCUGUGUCUGUCUCUGGUUGCAUACGCGGCGCUGGGUGCGAUUAUGUUCCAGUACAUUGAAGGAGGGAGCGAGACUGAUAUCCAAAAGGAGUACCAUGGCUUCUUGGUAGAGAUUGUCCGCCUUGUCCAGAAUGACACCAAUAACACAUCCUGCACAGAGGAAAACAUAGUGAAGAAAGUGGAGGAUAAGAUGGCAACGUUCAAGUCCAUAUGGUUCCAGAGACCUGACAGAUGGAGCUUUUUUGGCUCCAUGUUCUUCUGCUGCACUGUGUUCACAACGGUUGGGUAUGGGGAGAUCUAUCCGGUUACCCUGCCUGGUAAGGUGGUGUGUAUCUUGUAUGCCAUGGUGGGCAUCCCUCUCAUGCUUCUGGUCAUCCUCGAUGUCGGAGAUUUCCUUGCUAUGCUGAUGUCCAGAGCCUACAUCCGCAUUCACGCCCUCUGCCAAAGCCUUUCCUCCCACACCUGGUCACCACGGAAGGCUCAGAAGAGAGCAGGGGACUCGAGCCACCAGUCCCUGGAAGACGGUACUUUUGUUUUCAGCCAAGAUGUUGUGGUCCGUGAACCCCUCGACAUCCGGCAGGUGCUGCACAGUCAGGCGGCUGUGAGGCACAAUUCCAUCCAGCUCCAAAACAACAAAGAGAUCUUUGAGAAGAUUCUCGCCAGGGAGAAUUUACUUAGAAAGGGCCCACUGCUCAGGAGCCUCUCCUGUCCAGAGCUAGACCGCUUGCCCCCAUCGCCCAAAGGAUAUGCCAUAUGGGACUUCACAGGGUUAGGAGAUGGUAUGGAAAUGCUGGAUGUACCAUUUGUGCUGAUUCUGCUGGUCGUAUUUGCUUACAUAUUGUUUGGAGGUUUGAUUCUUCCGUUGUGGGAAACAGAAUUCAAGAACUUUGACCCCUACUACUUCUGCUUCAUCACACUCACUACCAUCGGUUUUGGCGACAUUGUACCGGAGCACCCCAAGUAUUUCAUGCUUACCUCUCUCUUUAUCAUUGUUGGCAUGGCCAUCAUGUCCAUGGCUUUCAAGCUGGGCCAAACACGAAUUGUAAGCUGCUACCGCCAGUGCAUCAAGUUCAUCAGCAGGGGAAAUUUCGACGCUUUCAAAAAUGAAGACAAGAACUAAGUCAUCAAUGGUGUCUCUGCCUCAUGUCCAAGAGUUGUUGAAACUCACAGUCCUGGCUUUGAAACAAGCCCAAAAUGGGAGGCUGGGGUCCAGUGCAUUCUUUGUGCUGGCUAUUCGGUUAUAAGCAUGAGCAAAAUAAAAAAAAGUGUGCAUGUGCCAAACGCUUUUGCCCAGUGAAGUGGAAUGUUAUUCUUCAAAUUCUGGUUAUCUAGAUACAGUAUCUCCCCAGGGAAUGACUCAUGCCCCAAUUCCACCUGGUAUUAUCUGUAUGUGGAUAUGUUAUCUGGAUAAUUACAUCUAUUCUGUGAGCCUUUGUGAUCAGAUCUCAAUAUGCAAAUUAGCAAGGCAGAGCUGGUGCACUUGUCAACAAAUAUGGUGCAUCCCAGGUCAAGAAAACUGCAGCCACGAACAGAAGAGGCAGGAAGAGGCGGAGCUAGGUGACCUUUCAUCUUAAUGGGAUGUUUUUUUUAUCUUGUGAAUGUGGUUACACUGUACAGAUUGCAUUUACAUCUGUCUGAGAUCCAAUCACAAUGUGAGCGUGACCACCUCCAAAUGUGAUCUGGCUGAUACAAUCACAUUCUGAUCACAAUGUGUUUUGAGUGCAUUAACAUGCGUUUUUCCAGAUACAGAUCACAUGUUCAUACAAGGUGUAAAUGGGGUAUUAGCUGUGCUGUACUGUACUGCCAAAAAGCACCACUGAGGGAGGGCACAAUAGUGUUGCAUUUGAUUAUAAGUCAGAACUCUGGAUUUAUUCUUUGCGGGGUAAAUCUAACAUAUGUUUUGUUUAAUUUUUUUAAACUUCACUUUAUAACAAUGUCAGAUGAACAUGGCUGCCCACACACAAAUAUUACCAUUUCAAGACUGUGAUAUGAACCCUAAGGUUAGGGGAAGGGCUAGGUUUAGGGUUUUGACUGUACAUUGUCAAAACAUGCAUACAAGCAUACUGAUGAACUACCAUUAGUUCAUUAAACCUGUCCAGUCAAAGGUUUCUGUGAGCAGCCAACACUUUACUGCAGGCAAUCAUCUUUUCCACCUCAGUAGCUCAAAGGUACAGAAGUCGGCAAUGAUGCAUUUUCUACUUAAAAAAUAUAAAUCAACAAAAAUGGUGAAGUAAAAAUUAUAAUCCACUAUAAUGGGCCUGCAGAAAAACUAGUACAGCAUUGCUAAUUUAUCAACUCAGUAGCCAAAAUAACAGGAGCACCUUAUACUGGUGAUGGUACAUCUAAUACUGCAGCUUCAAUGGUGUGCUCAGCAGGAAGGGCCAUUUCUGCUGUGGCUCUGUACUGAAGCUGGUAUUGUUUAGUGAAUGUGACAUCAUUGGUUAUGUUCAAAGCUUAGUUUAGGAUGUACACUGGCAUUGGUUCCGGGUGUGCAUUCACACUUUGAAUAUAUAAGAGGGAAAUCCUAAAAGCCAGUGAGAUUGUGGCAAAUGAGAUUGUAUCAUAUUUUAUGAGUAUUGUGUUGAGCCAGGGACCAACAGCUAGGCACAUAUUUUCUGAUAUUUUGUUUUGAUUUCUCCCAUUAAAAUAUAUACAUGGUACUUUUUAUCCUGACAUUAUAUCCGUGUCACUAGCAUACCCACUGCCUCAUCAACAGUUUAAGCAGUAUAUUUACAAGCAUAUUCUGUGCCCUCUGCUCAGUUAAAAAAGCAUGUCAACUGUCAAAAGCCUGUUCACUGCCUAGUAAAAAUAUAACAUUUAUGACACACAGACAUUGUCCCACCCUAUAAUUAUGUUUUACUAUGGUAAACCAUUCGCACAAUAGACUGGAAUGACACGUGACAAUUACUCAUCAUUUUAAAGAAACUUUAAUAGUUGGAUGCAGUGUAAUAAUGCAGAUAAUUUAUUAUUCUGCAUCAAAGCUGAUCAUUACCGGGAUUGAAUUACAUCUGCCUCCCAACACAACAACAAAACCACAGAACUGAAAGAAAGCUGUAGAUAUUUUUUUAUGUCAGGAAUGAGCUCAUACCGUUGUUUCCUUCUGUGACACAUGUAAACAAAUAUACAACAUUAAAUUUCUAUUAUAAAUUAGAUGAAUUCUACAGUGUUGUUUCACUGUAUUUUGCAUUGUAUAAUUAUCUGGCCACUUGAACCACCAGAGUAAAACCACAGCAUAGGAGUUUAACAGCAAACUGACACAAAAUGGUAAGAUAAUGUCCAUGAAAAUUUAAUUUACCGUAUAAUCCUUAGCAUGUAGUGAAAUCCUUUGUAGGGGCACCCUGAGACUCUCACUGACCCCAUUGCAUCCUCUGCCUCCAUUCUCAGCUUUCAAUCUGUUUAAAUCAGGACUUCCAGUAGGCUAAGCUUUUGUAUUAGUGCUCAUCUGUGAUGCAAUGAACUAAUCCAUAUUAUGUUUUUCAUCACCAUACCAUGUGCUGUAAUUUUCAUGUGAGUGU